CCCAGAUAACAGAAGAAGUUGGUGCAUCGCGAUUCUUUUCGUCCUUUCCUAAAUAUACUAACUGCUGAUACAUUGAACUUAGUUGGUCGAGAGUGUAGCUAACUUGACAGUCGACCUUCCGGCCUGUCUCGGACAUGAAGCUUCGUAAGAUUGCGAGAUCACCGAUAGCUAAGAUAUGUUGGGAAUAUAUGGCACAGUGCAAAUCGUGGACUGGACUAGUUCCUCGUAAUUUUAACUCGACAUGUCAAACCCGUCCACUGACUACGGACGCGUCAAGCGUCCGGCAAUUGACAAUCAAUAAUCUUGAACCAUUCUUACAAUCAUAUGAUACAUUCAUGUUAGACUGUGAUGGGACUCUGUAUGGUACAGAUCAUGUGACAGGAAUACCUAAUGUGCCAGAGGCAAUAUCUAAAUUACGGAAUAUUGGCAAGCAUCUGUUGUUUGUCACAAAUAACAGUAUGCAUUCAAACGAACGGUAUGUCAACAAAUUCAAGGAAGUUGGAUUUGAAGCAAACGAAUCGGACAUUUUUGGCGUGGCAAAUGCUUCUGCAGUAUAUUUGCGUGACCUUGCUAAUGUAGAUGGGAAAGUGUAUGUCAUUGGCGGGCAAGGUAUGAAACAAGAACUUGACAAACAUAAACUGGAUAAUUUCGGAGCAGGCCCAGAUCCAGACCUGGCCUCCUGGGACCCAAAACAUCUACUUCAGAUGGAAUUUAAAGACAAUGUACAAGCAGUGUUGGUUGGUUUUGAUGAACACUUUCACUACAACAAGAUCUACAAAGCUGUGAGUUAUCUCUGUGAUCCCAAUUGUCUCUAUGUAGCCACCAAUGUAGUAGAGACCGCUGUCAAGCUAGGAGAUGGAAGAAUACAGCCAACUACAGGUGCACUAAUACAGGCAAUAUCUGUACCAGCGAAGAGAGAACCAUUGGUGAUUGGCAAGCCUGGCACUCUUUUACUGGACUGUAUCCGACAUAAACAUCCUGAUAUCAACCUCAGUCGGACAGUGUUCAUUGGCGAUGGUCUCCGGUCUGACAUUGCCUUUGCAAACAAUGUUGGGGUUGACUCGGUGCUUGUGCUUACAGGUUCAGGGACCCUGGACAAAAUAGACGGUCCUGAUGUUACUCCAACAUAUGUUAUGGAUUCUUUUGAACUGUUUGCAAAAAUAUGAUUUUGACAUAUUUUUUUAGGCUUAUAUGAAUAAAAAUAAUUGAAAAGGA